AAAGAAACACCAUGUCGAUAUCAGUGGACCCAGAAACUGCAAAGAGGCGCCUGGCGUUUCAGAAGAGUUACAGCAUCGAGCACGGAGGCUCCUGGCGCCGUAAGAGCCUGAUUGAUGAUGCCAAAUUUGAGACCAUCACAAACGCAGAGUUUGAGAAACAAGAGCAAAAACUAACCCUGAAUGGCUCCAUAUCAGAAGACGAUGUUUUCAUACCAAAUGGUGACGCCCAUAAUAUUCUUCAUGACGACCUUGCUCCCAGGAGCAGCUCCGUUAUGCUUUCCUUAAAAGAAGAAAUGACUGCUCUACCGAAAAUUUUGAAGACAUUUGAGAAUUUCAAAGUCAAUAUCCGGCACAUAGAAUCACGGAAUUCUCGUAAGAUAGAAGCCCAGUUUGAAAUAUUUUUGCAAUGCGAUUCUACGAGAGAAGCCAUAACAUCUCUAAUGAAGGCAUUAAGGCAGAACUCUGCUAUCUGUGAAGCCACUGUCUCCGGGGACACUAAGAAAGAAAGCGUAGCAUGGGUCCCGAUGCACAUAUCAGACCUUGAUUACUGCAACCAUCUCAUUACGAAGUUUGAACCAGAGCUUGACUCAGAUCAUCCUGGUUACACAGAUAAAGAGUACAGAAAAAGGAGAGAGGAAAUCGCAAACAUCGCUUUCGAAUAUCGACAUGGAGAUCCAAUCCCACGCAUUAAAUACACGGAAACGGAAAUUCAAACAUGGGGCACAGUUUACCGGAAGCUAGUGAGCCUGUUUAAUACGCAUGCCUGCAAGGAACACAUAGAGGUGUUUCGUAAUUUGGAGAAAGAAGGAGGGUUUAGCUCAAACAGCAUUCCGCAAUUGGAGGAUGUGUCGCAAUUCUUAAAAAGAAAAUCUGGAUUUCAAUUGCGUCCCGUGGCCGGCCUGUUGUCCGCCCGUGACUUCCUGGCCAGCCUGGCGUUCCGUGUGUUCCAGUGUACACAGUACAUCCGGCACGGGUCUGCCCCCAUGCAUUCUCCGGAGCCAGACUGUAUUCAUGAGCUUCUGGGGCAUGUUCCACUUCUGGCCAACCCCUCGUUCGCACAGUUCUCGCAGGAGAUCGGCUUAGCCUCACUUGGCACAUCCGAUGAGGAUAUUGAAAAAUUUGCUACGUUGUACUGGUUUACUGUUGAGUUUGGUCUGUGUAGAGAGGACGGUCAAAUCAAGGCCUAUGGUGCUGGUCUUCUCUCCUCCUUUGGAGAACUCAUGCACGCUCUGUCGGACAAGCCAGAGCAAAGGGCCUUCGACCCCCAGACGGCGGCCGUUCAGGAGUACCAGGACGUGGAAUACCAACCCAUUUACUACGUGGCAGAGUCUUUUGAUGACAUGAAAGAAAAAGUCAGGCGUUAUGCAUCUAAGAUUCGGAGAAGAUGUGAAUUGCGCUAUGACCCGUACACCCAAGGUAUACAGUGUCUGGACUCCAAGGGGGCUGUCACAGACCUCACCAUGUUCAUCAAAGCUGAGCUCAAUCAUCUCAAUAAUGCCCUGGAGAAGAUGGGCUCUGUGUAG